CCGGCGAGUCUCCCCGCAUCCGGUCUCCGCCUCUGGCAGCCGUGGGACAGCUCCCCAAACGGCCGCGGGCGCCGCCUGCCCCCGGGGAAACCGUAGUUCCCCGGGCCGGAAGUGGGUGUCGGACCGCCGGAAGCCGUAGGCCCCCAGAAAGCCGGAAGUGGGGUCGGAGCCGUCGGGAAGUGUAGUUUCGCGGGAGUCGCAAGCGCGGCCAGCCGCCGGAGACAUGGCGGGCCUGGAGCUCCUGUCGGACCAGGGCUACCGGGUGGACGGACGGCGCGCCGGGGAGCUGCGCAAGAUCCAGGCGCGGAUGGGCGUGUUCGCGCAGGCCGACGGCUCGGCCUACAUCGAGCAAGGCAACACCAAGGCGCUGGCGGUGGUCUACGGGCCGCACGAGAUCCGGGGCUCCCGGGCUCGAGCCCUGCCAGACAGGGCCCUGGUGAACUGUCAGUAUAGCUCUGCGACCUUCAGCACAGGCGAACGCAAGCGACGACCGCAUGGGGACCGAAAGUCUUGCGAGAUGGGCCUGCACCUACGUCAGACAUUUGAGGCAGCCAUCCUAACACAGCUGCACCCACGUUCCCAGAUAGAUAUAUAUGUGCAGGUGCUGCAGGCAGAUGGUGGGACCUACGCAGCUUGUGUGAAUGCAGCCACGCUGGCAGUGCUGGAUGCGGGAAUACCCAUGCGGGACUUUGUGUGUGCCUGCUCAGCUGGCUUUGUGGACAACACAGCCCUGGCGGACCUCAGCCAUGUGGAAGAGGCAGCUGGUGGCCCCCAGCUGGCCCUGGCCUUGCUGCCGGCCUCAGGCCAGAUUGCACUGCUUGAAAUGGAUGCUCGGCUACAUGAGGACCACCUGGAACAGGUGCUAGAGGCGGCUGCCCGGGCUGCCCGUGAUGUGCACACUGUGCUGGACCGUGUGGUUCGGCAGCAUGUACGCGAGGCCUCUAUUUUGCUGGGGGACUGAGCAUCUGGCCCCCCAUGCCCAGAAUAAAACUCACAUACAAUC